AUGUCGGCAGAUAACAAAGUAGAGGUCAAGAAAUCGACCAUCAACGGAGCCGGGCGCGGCCUCUUCGCCUGUCAGGACUUUGAGCCAGGUGGUCUAGUUGUGUUCCUUGACCAGCCGCUCCUCGCCGAGCUUGAUACUGAUCAUAUGGGAGAUACUUGCGGCUGGUGCUUCCAGCGUGGUGCUACUGAUCCUAUGGAACGCAUGCAGGCAGCUGCCAUGGGGCUUCCCAAUGGGCUUAUUGAGAUUAAGAAAUGUGCCCAUUGCCGCCGAGUAGGGUACUGUUCUAAGAAAUGCCAAAGUAAGGCUUGGAAGCGCGAGCAUAAAUACGAAUGCCAUGUCCUGGCUCCAAGUACCCGUCCAAAUUUGCCUAUGGGUGUACGUGUUGUGAUCAAGCUCCUUGGUCGUCUCAAGGAUAGCACCGGCGACGAGAGGGAACAGAUACUUGAUAUCUUGAAUUUCUGGCCAGUCGCUGGUAACCAUCUUGAAGACAUUCGUGGAUUGGAUAGAGAGAAGUUCGACGAUUUCUAUAUGCUGGCUAACGUGGCUUGGACGUACGCGGGAAAACCUUCCAUCGACGGCUACGAUGCUGAAGCUGUUGCUAGAGACCUCGUUUUUAACGUUAUGUAUAAUACUUUCGAGAUAGGCUCUCCGCUCGACGCCGGCCACUAUGGCCGCGGGUUUGACCCCUUGAUCUGUAGUGCAAACCAUUCCUGCGACCCGAACGUAGUACGUGUCUGCAACCAGCCAAGCACGGUACUACGUGCGCUGAAACCUAUUAAGAAAGAUGAAGAGAUAUUCAUGGCAUAUACCGAGACGACGAAUCCGUUUUGGGUACGACAAGCGCAUAUUAAAGAAGCUUAUCACUUCACUUGCCAAUGCGCCAAGUGUUUAAAGUGCCCUGUUUCCCCCGAAGAUACAUUCGCGAAACCGCCACGGGAAUUGUCCGAGGAGUACUGCAAGGUAGCAGACGGACUAGUGAAGCGUCAUAGGUCAGAGCUGGGAAGGUUUUUAGCUGGGACUGAUGAAUCUAGGGCGCAGCUUAGACUCGCUGCUAUGCAAGCAUCGGUUUUCGAUGUUUCUGAGAGCGGUUACUCCCUAGAGGACGACCUUAAGAAGGCCCUUCAUCUGUGCAUCGACUCAGGAAUGUGGACUUGGGCUCGACAGCCUGUACCCGAGCUCUGUCGUCGACUAUUUAGUGUAUACAUGGAAUCUAGCCGUGUUUACAAGGCGCUCAAGCUAGGGCUCAAGCUCCUCGUCGAGAUAAUGCCGAAUAUUUCCCCCCAACCUUUCCGCCCAGAACGGUUGAUUCUCACAGAAACCUUAGCAAUGAUGUCUAGUAUGCUCGCGGGUCCGACGAACCCACAGGCGGAAAGCGAACUUGCCAAAUAUGACAUAGAACCACGCCUUGUGUUCUGGGGCUUAAUGCUUGAACUGCGCAAGCAUAUUCCUCAGAUGUAUGGUUGGGAUUCACCGUUUGGCAAAUUCGUAAACAAUUAUUACGAGCAGGCUAAAGCUUACGAGACCACCAGCGAAGUCGAAAUGAAGAAGGAAGUUGUGGAGGCCUGGCCGAAACUACAGAAAUUCUUAAAGGACAUAGACAUCUUGAAGCUCUGCGACGAGAGAGAAGACGAAGGUUGUACUGUGAUGUAA